AUGAGAGAAAGAAGAGUGGUCAACAAGAUCUUGAGAAAGGCCUUCAAGUGUGAAGAUUUUAUGGAGAAUGCAUUAGUUGCCAAAACUGAAGGCGUGGAGGGUCAAAGAAGUUUAAAGGUUCUUGAUGAAAGAAGGGCCAAACUUGAUCUUAAGUCAGUUAUGACUAUACACUUUGGUUACAAUGAGCAUUCCAAAGGUUAUAGACUUUAUGACAUGGACUCCAAAAAGCUCUUCAUAUGUAGGGAUGUCAAAUUUGAUGAAAGUGACAAUCUACUGCACAUUGAUGAAAAUGAAUCUACUGAUAUUGAAAAUGAAGACUUAGCAAUUAAAGGCUCUAGGACACUUCAUGACAUAUACAAUAGAUGCAAUGUUGUUGUUUCAGAUCCAGUCAGCUAUACUGAUGCUAAUGUAGUUGCAAAUUGGAAGGCUGCAAUGUAUGCUGAAAUAAACAUGAUACUGAAUAAUGGAACCUUGACUUUAGUUGAGAAACCAAGCAACCAACAUGUCAUUGGGGUUAAAUGGAUCUACAAGACCAAGUACCCUCAUUCUCCUUUUAGGGAAGUGGCACUUGAGUAUUUGAAGACAUCACUUGAGACGGUGAAGAAAUUACUUAAUGUUUUGAUGCGAAACCUCGGAGUCGAACUAGAUGACUCAAAAAUUGGUUCACUUAUUGGUAGGAAGACUGUCAAUAUGAACUACUAUCCCACAUGUCCUAAUCCUGAGCUUACAGUUGGUGUAGGACGUCAUUCUGAUAUGGGCACUCUCACUGUCUUGUUACAAGAUGGGGUAGGUGGUUUGUAUGUAAAUGUUCCAGGUGAUGCAGAUAUAGGUAAGAAGGGAGAAUGGGUAGAGAUCCCUCCUAUUCCUGGUGCUUUGGUCAUCAAUGUUGGCGAUAUGUUACAGAUAUUGAGCAAUGGAAGGUAUAAAAGCGCAGAACAUAGAGUUCGUACAACAAGUUCAAAAUCAAGGGUAUCAAUACCAAUAUUUACAAUUCCAAAACCAACAGAAAAGAUUGCACCGCUUCCUCAAGUGGUCGAGAAAGAUGGAAUUGCUCACUAUAGAGAAUUUCUGCUUGCAGAUUACAUGAACAACUUUUUUGGAAAUCCACAUGAUGGCAAAAAGUCUCUUGAUUUUGCAAGGAUUUAA